UCCCUCCCUCUCUCUCACUCUCCUUCCCUCCCUCCUCUCACUCCAGCAGAAGCUCCCUCGUCGAAUCAAUAACUCCGCUGUUGCCAUCCCGCGGUCGCCGUAUUCCGCCUUUCCACCCUCGUAGGACUCCCCGGAAAGGAUGAGGCUAGGGAGGACCUCAUCUAGCGCCCCCUCGACCCCGCCAGCACAAGAGAGACUCAUUAGAACACAGCCUUGAGGGAGCCUGAGCGCGGUGGUUAUUCCGAGGCGCUGCAGAGGCGGGUGAGAAAAACGGGCUUGCUUUGAAACUUGUGGCCUGUAGGAGGGGAACGAGGAGGAGGAGGAGGAGGAGGGGGAAGAAGAGGAGGAGGAGGAAGGCGCGCGAGUGUGCCAGUGGGGCAGAGCGGCACCGGGAGCAGCAGUGAGCAGCAGCAGUGGCUAAGUGACCUCCCGGCAGUAGGAGCACGUGAGGCUCGCCUUCUGUAGCCUGAGAAACACAGUGACAUUUUCCAUUGACGUCCUCCCGCUGCUCUCCCCGCCCUGGUGCCUGCCUUGCUGCGUGCUCGGUGGUGUCCCUGCCUCCUCCCGCCUCUUCCAACCGCCCUCAGCCACCCCGACAGGAGCUGGACCGUAGUAAGAUCGCGCGGCUGAUUCUGCUGACGUGGUAAAAGAAGUUUGGUGGGAGUGAAUUUUAGGGGAAGAGAGGGAGAGUGAAAGUGACAAGGACUGGCGCCGCGCUGUCUGUCUCGUCUGUUGAAAGUGAACGUCUUGAGGGAAAGGUGCUGAUUGUGGUGGUGGUGGUGGUGGUGGUGUGGAGUGAGUGUGACGCUGAAAGAGAGUAAGUGAGACGGUGCUGUUUACGUUCCCUGUCUCACCUGCCCUUCUCACCUUCGCUACCUUAAUUAACUCACCUUCCUUCAUCUUCGUCGUCACCGCCUCCGCCGCCUCUUAUUCUGCGUCGCUAAACGUUGAAGGCUUGUUUCGGGUCUGCGUGGGGGCGGACGCGGCGCCAGCGGCCAGCGAGCAGCGGCCCGGCAGUGAUGGGCUGUGGGCGUCGUGGCUUCUGAGGCGCGUGAAUCUUGGAGAGCAGCCAGUGGCGCUGAGGGAAGGAAGCACCAGCGGCACCACUGACCUGGAUGCCAGGCCCAGAACAGGACCUGAGCCACGGACGAGCUGCUGUAACGGCGUGGAGGCCCGGCGAGGGAGGCGACGCGUGUAGAUGAGUGUCCGGGACGAGUGACUCAAGACCAGCCGUUGACAGCAGCUUCAGGACCCCCGUGGGCUGAUUCUGAGGGCGUGGCGCCUCCCUUCGUCCUUCAGCGAGUUGAAGACACGCCAGCCGCGGCAGGAUGACCCGCUACGCUGCCCUGCCGGAGCCCGAGGUGGGCGUGUGGCUGCGGCUCUACAUCUACGGCCUUCACGGCUUCCUGAUCGAGGUUCUCUUUACCGCCGUCUGGGACUUCGUCGUGCACCGAGACUGGGCGCUCGUGGGUAGUACAAGCGUCUGGUCGCUGUUCAUCUAUGGCGUAGGCAGCCUGGUGGUGGAGCUGCUGUACCGUCGCUGUUACACCUCUCUGCCGCUGCCCCUGCGAGGACUCUGCUACGUCGCCUGGAUCUACCUGUGGGAGUUCUCGACAGGUCUGUUGCUACGGCAGUACGGCGCCUGCCCAUGGGACUACACGGAGAGGCGAUACAACCUUCACGGGCUCAUCACACUCGAGUACUUCCCCGCCUGGUACCUCGCCUCCAUCCUCACCGAGCAGUUCCUCAUCCACAACCUGCUCUUCCUCUCCCUCUAUUCGCAGGACUCCCACAACCGGCUGCACCACAAGGGAUAGAAGAGGACACAGGGCGAGAAGGAGAGUGGUGAGAGGGCGGUGUGGCGGUUGUCAGGGAGUGAGAGUAUAGCGAAAAGACGGAGGAGGUGCGGGGCGGUGAUGGACGUGGGUGUAAGUUGGGUUCAGGGCAAAGGGAAGUCUUGUCUUUCUCUGUUAUAUGAAAAUGUUGAUAGUAAUAUUUUAUCUCUUGUUCCCUAGACGUAAAUUCAUUCUUCAGAGUCUAUUUUUCGAACCGCGACCUGACUGUCAUAUGUGUUUUUGUGUUAGUGGAUCGAGAUUUGUCGUUGUCAUCGCCGUGUGUUCUUGUUGAAGAUUUUAAACGCAGAUUAAUUAUAGCUACCAAGAGAGAGUCGCUUCUUCGUUCUUAGGCUCCGCAGUGGUCGGUGUUCACUUGGUUCUGUUCCUAACGCGAAAAGUCAAUGGGCGGUAUUACAAGACACUCGCUUUUCACAUUAUCUAUUUCUAAAGGUCAAAGAGGGGGUCAAUUGGGUUCUAAUGAGUGUUUCUACAGGCUCAUCGUACAGAGGAAGGGUCACACUACCACCAGGGUCAUAGAACUGCUCCUGGAAAUGCCCACAACUCCUACGAAAGCCUUGUCAAAUUAGUGUUUUUGGGCGAUGAAAUGUCUUAUAAUACGACCAAUAGAGUUAGACAGACAGAAGUAAAAUGAAGGACCGAAAAAAAGAAGGGUCACACUACCACCAGGGUCAUAACACUACUCCUGGAAAUGCCCACAACUCCCACGAAAGCCCUGUCAAAUUAGUGUUCCUGGGCGAUGAAAUGUCUUAUAAUACUACCCAAUGUUGUACGCUUACUCUUAUGAUUUCCUUGGCGGUUUUGAUGGACGGGGAACAAAAGGGAGGGGAAUAAUAUGUUGAAAUUUAAUAUAUAUGAAUGUCCAGUGAGGUAACGGUGGUCGAUUCUGUGCGCUAAUCUGAGGUUGGAGUUAUUAUUUAUAUUUUUACUUAUUUUUAGUAUCAGUAGUGCGCAGAGGAAACCGAUGUUAUCUCAAUCUUUGGUUUAGAGGCGAAGAUAUUACCUGAGGAAUGAAAGACAAGGUGUAUAAGAUUAUUUUAACGUCAUAUCCAAAGGCAAGUCUCUGUUUUUCAUCAUAUCGACGAAAUAAUGGCUUUCAUUACUCUAUUUUCUGAGACUAAAUGAAAUGGAAACAUCGCUAAGUGAAUGUUUUUUUUCUUAUACGUAAUGGAAGAUACGUUGGGUGUGAGGGAAUCAUAUACCUGUGACGCUAAUUCUUUUUUUUUAUUCUGAGAGUAAAUUAGGUGGAAAUGUAAUCGCUGAGUGAAUGUCUUUUUAUAACGUCAUGCUAGAUUUGUUCGAUGCAGGGGAAUUGUUAGACAUAUUGUUUCUGAAGCUAAAUGAACCGGGAAUGCAAUGAUCUGACUAGGGGCGUUGGGAAGGUCACGAGAGAAAGAGGAGUGGGCAGAAUAUUGUACAGGGUGAGAAUGUUAAUAUACUCUUGUAACAGUACGGUUGGAGAAAGGAAUUUGGUCAUGUUGAGGUAAAUGAGGCGACUUACAGAAUUACAAAAGUCGCACGGGUAAAUUAGAGACUUGUUCAGGUUAAUAAGGAAACAUAGAAAAUUACAAAGGGCGAAGGGGGGAAGCUAGAGUCUUAUUGAGGUUAAUAAAGCGACAGAGAAUUACAAAGGGCGAAGGGGAAAGUUAAAGUCUUGUUCAGGUUAAUAAGGUGAGAGAAAAUUACAAAGGUCGAAGGGGGAAAUAGGGUAGAAGGAUAAAUGAAAGUUCUUUGUAAGUCAAGGGAAUUAAAUGUUUUCUGAGGGCCAGGAAGGAAAAUAGAGGAUGAAUGACGGGGGAAAAAAUGGUCCGCAAGUCGAGAAGAGAAAUAAUUAAGGAUAAACUAGGGAAAAAUAUUAAAACAAAUUAUUAAUGGUAAAGACUGCUCAUUAUUUAUUUGUGUUAAGUGUUUAUUGUGGUAUUUAAGUAUUUAUUUAACUAACUAUUCUUUUUAUUCAUUUAUUUAUUUAUGUUAAUGUUUUGUGUUAUCAAUAAUUUUAACUUAUGCGUUUAUUUUUCCUAGUAUAUAAUUUUCUACGUCACUCUUUUUUUUCUUGUUAUGUUAAAGUCACAAUAAGAACGACAGUCAACAGAAACACGACUACAUAUUAAACACACACACACACACACACACACACACACACACACACACACACACACACACACACACACACACUAAUACAUAACGUUUCUCCCUCAUUCACAAUUUUGGGUCACAUACAUUCCGUUUUAUGGCGUUCCUUUUUCGUUCGUUAUUCGGGGUCUCACACGCACUGAUAGAUGGAUUUUUUUCCUUCACAAUUUCAAGUCACCUAUAUAAUGACUGAUGUCGCCUCUUCUUCGUUUGCAAUAAUUCUAAGUCCCAUACAUUCCGUUAUUUGGCGUCUCUUUCGUUCGUUAUUCGGUGUCACACACGCACUAAUAGAUGGAUUUUUUUUCCUUCACAAUUUCAAGUCACGUAUAUAAUGAUUGAUGUCGCUUCUUCUUCGUUUGCAAUAAUUCACAGUCCCAUACAUUCCGUUCUGUGACGUUCCUUUUUCGUUCGCUAUUCAGGGUCACACACGCACUGAUAGAUGGAUUUUUUUCUUCUUCAUUCACAAUUUCGUUACAUAUAUACUCUCCCUUCAUACGUUUGCAAUUCUAAUUCACACGCAUUCCAUUAAAGAGCUUUCCAUAUCAUAGUUUCACUCGGUCACACACCAGAGGGAAAGCCGGACACCGCUGUGCUGUUGGAAUUCAUUACGGAACCGACAGUCAUUACAUUCACGAUUAGCAUGACGCAGCGAGCUUGCCUUGACCUCACUUAGCAAAACAAAUUACUGUAUAACGAGACACUAAAGGUGAUGGUCUGCCUUCCCGCUGUUGCCUUCACUCUUUCAUCACCGCCCGGAGAGAUGUAUUGGCGCACACUGUCUGAGCGUGUCUGAUUUAUUUUACUAACAAAGGGAGAGACUAAGGAUUAUACGUGAUACAAGAAUAUAUGCCCAUUAUACGCUGUCCCUCUAUUAUAGUGUUGCCAGAUUGCUGUAUUGACCACAUGGUAUUCCGCGGUUUUUGACACUUAGCUACUGUAAAAAGACGUCAUUAAUUAAACAUUUCAACGAUAACUAUAAAUGGAUGUAGUUUUGGAGGCAGUGAAGACAGUUUUUGGUUCCGAAAUCGUCAAAUAUUAGAGGACAAUCUGGCAUCGGUGCUGUAUUAUCUGCGAUCUCCCUCCAGUGUGUCUGCGAAAGGUCAGAAAAUGGAAAAAAAAUAUGAAAGUCAACAAACAGAAAAAUAACUCAAUUUCACCUGACCUUUCCUCCGCGUCACGCCCUCUCUCUCGCCAUGCACGUUUAGUCUUCCUCUCCACUCCCUCCUCUAGACUCACCUCAACUCACACUUCCUCUGUUUACUCUCCUAUUACCAAGAACAGCUGUUGAAGAGGUGUUUCUGUAGGGAAUAAGUGUUGGGUUAUGACUCCUUGAUUUAGAAUACAAAGGAAAAAACGGAGAAGAAAUAGAGAGAGAAGGAAAACCGCAUUUCAUCUUAGUGUUAUCUCGUAAGGAACUCUUGAAGGGCGUCUCUAAAGUGAAUAUAUGUUGAGUUCUGACUUCAUGAUUCGGCCACGACGGGAAGAAUGGAGAUGAAGUGGCCCUUUAUGUUAAUGUCACGCCUUAUCUGAUGGGGAGACAGAGGAUCAAUGGUUUCUGUAUUGACAUUAGUGCGUUCUGUUUAGGUUAUAUAGUGAAGGUCACGGAAGGAGGUCUUGAUAUUUGUCACGCGUUAUCUGGUGGGGAACUUAAUCACUGCUUUCCGAAUCGAUAUAUGCUCCGUUUAGGCUGUAUGCUGAAGGUCACGACGAGAGGAAGGGGCAGAGACGGACCUUCUUAUUGAUUGAUCUUGUUGUUUGUCAAGUGUUAUCUGAUGGGGAACUUGCUCACUGGUUUCCGAAUCGAUAUAUGCUCCGGUAAGGCUUUGUACUGAAGGUCACGACGAGAGGAGGGGAGAGAGACGGGUUUUCUUAUUCAUUGACCUUGUUGUUUGUCAGGUGAUAUCUGAUGGGGAACUUGCUCACUGGUUUCCUUAUCGAUAUAUGUUCAGUUUAGGCUCACGGAUGAAGGUCAGGGUGGGAGAACACAAGAACAUAAGGAGAGGUGAGACGAGCGUACUUAUUGAUCUCUUGCAAAAAACACCUGGGGCAAGUAUUCAUAUAUAAUUGUACAGUUUGUUUUUUCAUUAAGUCAAUACACGUGCGGUAAUAUCUUCCCUCAAGGAGCCUUAUUACUGAAGUUAUUGUAAUGUCGAUGGGUAGUCAAGGCCGUCUGGUUUUGUGCUUCUGCGAGAGGGUUAUUGACGCAUUGAUUGGCUCUUGUUUUCAUUCGUAAUAAGCGGAACUAGGAACCUGCUACCAUGCGCGUGUUAUUAUUAUUAUUAUUAUUAUUAUUAUUAUUAUUAUUAUUAUUAUUAUUAUUAUUAUUAUUAUUAUAUGUUGUUUAUUAUAAUUGUCCGCGAGGAGAAUAAAUGUUACCGCAUGAACUAUUUUCUUCAUUAUAAGCAGGAUUUGCAGUCAGUAUGUUUUGCACGAGAGCAAAAAAAAAAACAUAACAGCCAUUAAUUAAAUAUUGAGUUUGCGAAGUAAUGAGCCGUUGAUUAUCUGUUCAUGCUAAUUAGGAGCACUUUUAUAAAACGAAUCACGUCAGAGAGCACGAAACUUUGUGUACCGAAUCGUAACAGAAGAAAGUUAUAAGCAGUGAAAUCUCCGUGUGAUGAAGCAAUUCGCGGUUACUGUUCUCGGUAGAAAGCGUAACAUUUCUGCUUGUCAUGGGUGAACGAUUAUGGGAUAUGUUUAAAGACCAGAAAAUUCAAAUAUAGAAUAAUAUAGCCUUGAGUUGGUGAUGAUUUCCCUUGAACGAUUAGGGAUAUGUUUAAAGACUAGAAAAUUUAAAUGUAGAAUAAUAUAGCCUUGAGUUGAAUGAUUUCCCUUGAACGAUUAGGGAUAUGUUUAAAGACUAGAAAAUUUAAAUGUAGAAUAAUAUAGCCUUGAGUUGGGUGAUGAUUUCCCUUGAACGAUUAGGGAUAUGUUUAAAGACUAGAAAAUUUAAAUGUAGAAUAAUAUAGCCUUGAGUUGAAUGAUUUCCCUUGAACGAUUAUGGGAUAAGUUUAAAGACUAGAAAAUUUAAAUGUAGAAUAAUAUAGCCUUGAGAUGGAUGGUGAUUUCCCUUGAACGAGUAUGGGAUAUGUUUAAAGACUAGAAAAUUUAAAUGUAGAAUAAUAUAGCCUUGAGUUUGACAGUGAUUUCCCUGGUGGUGGUGACGAAAAAACAGAUUAUUAACAAGUUUCAACUUAUCCAUGACUAAAGCAGAGAAGCAACAACAAGAAAUCAACAACAAAGAAUUAGUAACGUUUGAUCUUUCUGACUUUAAAUAUAACGACUUUGUUUUAUGAUUCUCAACAAUAUCAUUUUUUUUUUUUUUUUAAUGGCUGACGGAGGAAAGGAAUAACGAACACGAAUACAACAAACAUCAUCUCACUAACUCAAUACAUCGACUAUUUUUUGGGUGCAGCGGUGUCCCAGAAAAGCGUGGAGCGUCCAGAACAGACUGAUUUCAUUUUAAUAACGCUCACUUAAUACAGCGUCCGCAUUUUUACCUUCCUGUUUUUACGGCCCCUAAUCAAUAUCGACUCAGUGGUGACGUGACGGGAGCGGGAAGAGACUUAAAAUAACCUUCUAUUGUUAGCCAUAAUUUUGUCUUUUGGAUCUGUUACACUUAACCUCUCCUGCUGCCUUUGAAAAUAUCCAGUUACAAUAAUGUUUUUCAUUAACAUGUUGCGAGAAAACUUACAAUGCUCUUACCUGACAAUUAUUAAACAGAGCAAGCCAUCAUGAUCAAAUUUCAGUUCCAGGACAAAAAAUGAGGAAAUGCGAAAGUACAAACUGAAGAUGUGUUAAAACUAUACUUGUAGCAGUAACAUAAUCCGCUCAUUAAGUUCAUCCGGCAUCGAUUCUGUAGUGGAGACGUUGUUGCCGAGUGUUCCCAUUAUUAAGCAUUAAGCCGUCACUAUCCAAUUCCAGUUCCGUGACAUAAAAAAAAAAACAAGCGAAAGUACAAACGAAAGAUGUGUUCAAACCAUGCGUGCGCCAGUGUCAUAAUCCGGUCAGUAAGAAUAGCCAGUGACGGUUUUGAACUAAACACGUCGAUGGUAACUGUCCCCGGUAUAAAACAGUUACCAAUCACUAUCAAAUUUCUGUUCCGUGACAAAAAAAGAGAGAAUGCGGAAGUUUAAAUUGUUGAUAUGUUGAAACCAUGCGUGAGGGAUACCCAGCAACGGUUCUGAAGUAAACACGUCAUUGGUAACUGUCCCCGGCAUUAAACAGUAACCCAUCACUGUUAAAUUUCAGCUUCGUGACAAAAAAUAGGAAAUGCGGAAGUUAGAAGUAAAGCUGUGUUGAUUCCAUCCGUGCGUUCAGUAAGUUCAACCAGUAGCGUCAUGAACUAAACAUGUUGGUAAGUGUCGCCGUAUCAAACAGCAACCCCUCACUGUUAAAAUUCAGUUUCGUGACAAAAAAAAAAAGGGAAUGCAGAAGUUAGAAGUAAAGCUGUGUUGAUGCCAUCCGUGCAGGAGUGACAUAAUCCCCUCAGUAAGGCUAUCCAGUGAAGGUUCUGAACUAAACACGUCGUUGUGAGCGCCUCCGAUGAACCAGACUGGACCGGCGAGUGAGCAGCCCCUUUAAUGCUUAGAUCCCGGGGUGGACGUCAAUUUUCUCGCGUGCGGAAGAGAACCAACUCAUCCGACUUAGCGCGAUCAAUAUUCAUCAGGGUUUUCCAGACGUUUGCGUGGCGUGGCGAAGUCUGGGCUAAGCGGGAGGGGUGAGGGGGCAGAGAGAGAGAGAGAGAGAGAGGGAGAGAGGGAGAGAGGAGGGUUACUUGUACGAAGUGACUCGCAAUUCAUUUACCUGGAAUCCUGUCCUCAUCUCAUCUGUACACACACACACACACACACAAACACACACACACACACACACACACACACACAAACACCGCCACGUCAUUUAUGUAUAUUUACUUUUACUUUUACAGUCUUAUAAUCGUGUUGACAUGCUAUAUUCAUCUAAUUUUAUUACUAUUAUUAUUAUUAUUAUUAUUAUUAUUAUUAUUAUUAUUAUUAUUAUUAUUAUUAUUAUUAUUAUUAUUAUUAUUAUUAUUAUUAUUAUUAUUAUUAUUAUUAUUAUUAUGGUCUAAGUUCUUGUGUCUCAAAAAAAAACUUUACCCAGACGACUGUUUCAUGUGGGGAGAGUUUUUUUUUCCUGGUUUUCUUUCCCGCUUUCUUUUUUAGCCUUUAUGUCUGGAUGGGUUCGGAGCACGCGAGGGGAGCCAAGAGUUGCUGCCGCCGCUCAGUGGGGUCACGAGAACCCUUCAUUCAUGUCCUAAAACGUGUAAGAAUUCUCCGGAAGGAUGUCGGUAGGGAGGGGAAAGACCGCGUGUCACAGGAUAGCAUGAUAAAAGUGAUUGAGUCGUCUGAGGUUGUGAGAUAAAGAGAUAAGAGAGGGUAUUGAAAGGGAGGUAGAGAGGAGUGAAUGCAUGUUUCAGGAUGCCAUGAUGAACGUGAUAAGGUCUUCUGAGACUGUGAGUUGAGAGAUAAUGAGAUACAGAGUGUUAAGAGGGAGAUGUGAUAAGGGUUUCAAGGACGUGAUGAGGAUUGAAAAAUAAAGAUAGAAAGCAAAAAAAGGAGGGUAAUACGAGAUAGCAGAGAGAUAUUAAUAGCGAUAAGAAGGAGAAGAAAGGAAUGGCGAUGAAAUUAUAAACGUUAGAAGGUAAAGAGAUCUCAGAGAAGGUCAAGAGGGUUAUGUGAUAAGGGUUUCGGGGUUGAGAAAUAUAGAUAGAAAGCAAAAAAGGGGUGUAAUACGAGAUAGACGAUGAAUAUUAAUAGCGACAAGGAGGAGAAGAAAGGAAUAGGGAGGAAAUUAUAAACGUUAGAAUGUAAAGAGAUCUCAGAGAAGGUUAAGAGGGAGGAAUGAUAAGGCUUUCAAGGACGUGAUGAGGAUUGAAAAUUAUAGAUAGGAAGCAAAAAAUGAAGAUAACGAGAUAGUAGACGAAUAUUAAUAGCUAUAAGGAGGAGAAGAAAGGAAUAGAGAGAAUAUAAUAAACGUUGAAAAGGUAAAAAGUGCUCAGAGAAUGUUUAAAAGAGGCGAGACAUAAGACUUCUCAAUGUUUCUUUACUAAAUGUUACAAUAAAAGUUUGGGAAAUGCGGAGGGGGGGAAAAAAGAAGUGUAUUUACUGUUUCUUUCUUUAUUGUUACGAGUGUUCGAUAAUCAAUGGCAACACUUACGAGGCAUCCUGAGAGAGGUGUGUGUUGUGUUGUGUUGCGCCCAGAGACAAUACGUGUAGAUGGUUCGAGGUGAUCGUCUAGUCAUUCGUGAUAAUCUUCGUUCCGUUCAUGUUUUUAGCGAGUUGUAUCUUUUAAGGGAAGCGAAUUAAUGUGUUUUUAUGAAGGUUUAGAAUCGAUAACUAUACACGAUUCGUUUUUUUUUUUUUUUUUUUUUUUUUUUUGCUCGUGUGCCUUGUUUUAGUUUAUCGUUUUUGUUUAAUAGUGAAAUUUGAAGGGAGAUUUACGUUUUAAGGGAAGCGAAUUAAUGUGUUUUUAUGAAGGUUUAGAAUCGAUGAGUAACAUGAUUCGUGAUUUUUUUUUACUUGAGAUCAGUUUGCGGUGUUUUUCGUUUAUCGUUUUCGUUUAAUAGUGAAAAAUGUAGCGAAUUAUACGUUUAAGGGAAGCGAAUUCAUGUUUUCCGAAGGUUUAGAAUCGAUGACUAUUACGUUUUUUUUGUUGUUGUUGUUUUUUUUUAACUUGAGAAGAUUUUGCGUUUUUUUCCGUAUUUUUUGCUUUCGUUAAAUAGUGAAAAAUGCGAAUGACUUUUUUUUUCGCUCGUUUGUUUCCGAAUCGAUGACUUUACAUAAUUCCGUUAGCGUUGUUUUCGUUGUUUUCGUCAAUAUGUGAAAAUCAAAGCGUUAUUUUUCAUUAUUCAACGUUUGUGAAUUAGUUUUUUUGUGAGUUUCGUUCACGUGUAUUAUGGGCGAACGUUUUCAAGUAUUUGUUCUUUCUUGAUGGAGGAAUGGUGAUUUCUAACGAUCUGGUUCAAGUUUUUCAGGCAGAGAUUGAUGUCUAAUACUUUGUUCUCGUUUACUCCAGAACAGAUUGCUGUGUGGGGUGGGUGGAGCAGGAGUGAGGAUGACCGGGAGUAGAGUAGCAAGUCUUUUCAGUCACAAGGAAUACACGUGUAAGAACAGCCACUAAUACCUGUUGAUAAUCCGUUCAGUACAUCACACACGAGUCUUGUUCAGUUAGCCUUCGAUGUUCUAAACCAUUGGAUAUUUGCUACUUAAUUCUCACACAACAGUAGUAACUUAACCUUCUCAGUCAUUAAGAACAGCCACUAAUACCUUUUGAUAUGUUCAGUUAUAUCCUACAUGAGUCUUGUUCAGUUAGUCUUCGAUGUUCUUAACCAUUGAAUAUUUGCUACUUAAUUCUCACACAACAUUAGUAACUUAACCUUCUCAGUCAUUAAGAACAGCCACUAAUACCUAUUGAUAAUCUGUUCACCUAUAUUACAUCUUACACGAGUCUUGUUCAGUAAAUCCUCGAUGUUCUUAACCAUAGGAUCUUUGCUACUUAACUAACUUCCUACUUUAUAACAAAAAGUAAUUCAGGUGAUUCUUUUGAUAAUCUUUUUCAGAAACAUCUUAACGAGUCUUGUUCAGUGAUUUAUAAAUGGUGUUCCUAAUCAUCAAUUCUCUACUGUAAACUUCAUUCUCUCACCAUCUUGUAACAUCUCGUAAUUUGAUUUUCAUAGUCCUAAUACAUCGCACGAGUCUUGUUCAUUAAUUCAGUAUCGUUCAUUAUCGUUGUCUAACCCUCACCAUCUUAUAACAACCUGUGAUUUUGUUGUUUUCAGUCCUAACACAUCGCACGACUCUUGUUCAGUAAUUCAGUAUCGUUCAUUAUCAUUGUCUAACCCCUUAACAUCUUAUAACAACCUGUGAUUUUGUUGUUUUCAGUCCUAACACAUCGCACGACUCUUGUUCAGUAAUUCAGUAUCGUUCAUUAUCAUUGUCUAACCCCUUAACAUCUUAUAACAACCUGUGAUUUUGCUGUUUUCAGUCUUAACACAUCGCACGAGUCUUGUUCAGUAAUUCGGUCUUGUUUAUUAUCACUGUUUUCUACUCCGCGGUCUAACUAGCGUGUAAGCCUUCAUUCCGUGGGUCUUUACCUGUUACUACUAUAGCCUCUAGAUCUAAUACUACCUACUUACUUACCUCUCGUACUGUAUCUCGAGAAUCUAGUCUCAAUCGUUCAUAGGAAUACUGUAAGACUAAUCAUAAUGCACAUUCUAAGGUUCGGGCCUAUGGAGUGGGAUCGAAGCGCAUGAAUUCAGACUGACGACGAACUAGAGUUGCCAAAUUACCGUACUCAGCGCAUUGCAUUUUUGUACUUUCUGACCGAUAACUAUAGCAAAAAAAAAAAAAAAAAAAAGGAAACCCAUCAAUAUUUAACAGUUUUAACGCUAACUUUAUUUUCCUAUCGUUAUGUGUGUGGUUACGACAGUCUUGGAGCCUAAAAAUGAUUAAUGCAAUGUUCAAAGUACGACAAUUUGUCAACGCUGCUCGGACGAACGUAUAUCAGGUGUCUCGUUUAUAAAAGUACUGUAAUAAAAGUCAUGAUAUGCAUACUAGCGUUCGGACAGACGAUCAUAAGAAACAAAGCCAGCGUGGGGAUCUUGGCGUUGUAUAAAAUGAAUCGUGACUGACAAUUACGACAGAGGCGAAGCACUAUGACAGUUUGACAAUAAUUAGUUCAUAAAUCACGGUUUCUGGAGGAGUGUAAGUGUAUUGACUAGAAGGGUGAGUGAGUACGGACUGGCGGAGAAACCCAAGUCGAAACAAAAGAAUAUGCUCACAUCGAGGACGCGAACGGAUACUUUGUGUUUUUAUUAUAUUUCUUAGGUAAACUUUGAUAUUGAGAUCCUGAACUUUUCUUUCAAUGGAAACUUUAUAUUUCUCCAUUGGCUUCGCCAGCGUGCGGCGCGGCUCUGGGCGGGA